AUGAUAGUCUACCUAAAUAAUUCAUAUGUGGGUCCCUAUAAAUACAAUGAUGCCGAAAAUACAAUAAUUGUGAGUUCAGGAUACCAUCCUGCGAGUGAAUUAAUGAUUGUUACCUUUCUGAGAGUAAGGCCAGGUGUACCCUUAGCCGUAGGAGCAUUCUGUAUGAAGGAUAACACACCAGGAUCAAUUGCCAAAAUUUGGGGCUUUCCUAAUACGGAAUCCAACACCUUGAGAGCUUCGGAUUUUGAUUUUGAGAAUGAAGAAGAUACUGAAGACAUUCAGAGAAUAAUCUCCGUCUAUCACAUUACAAUCGAUGAGAAAUGCAAUAGAGUUUUCUUCGUGGACACAGGUAUGCUGAACUACAAGGACAAUGAGAGCUUUGAUAUACAAAAGUCGGCUCUUUGGGUUCUUGGACUCCCUGAAAAUGGAUGCGAGACUCGGAAUUUCCCACUUAUUCGUCGAAUUGAAAUGCCAGAGGGUAUUACGAAAAAAGGAAAAGAUGGAUUUAUGCAUGUUGUUCUUGACUACCAAACUAGUGGUGAAUGUGAUGAUCUCUUUCUCUACAUCACAAAUACUUUCUUCAGCUAUUUGGUGGUUUAUGACUACAAGAAUGAUGAAUUCUGGACAAUUAAUCAUGAAGCAUUCCAACCAAAUGAAAAUGAACUUGUUGGGAAUCGCGGAGCAAAUCAUCAAUCCCUAAAAACCAUCAUUGAUGAAAAAUCAGGCAUUAUGUUCUACGCUGAAGUCCAAUCUAAUCAAAUUCGUUGUUGGAACAUCCACAAACUCCUAAAUCCCGACAAUAUUGAGGUAAUUUAUGAAGCUGAAGAAGAAUUUGAUUUUGUUGCUCAAAUGUUUAUCGACUCAAAAGGAUUUCUCUGGUUCGAAUCAACCAAAAUUCCGAUUGUCUAUGCCUCAGACCUACCCCUCGAUCUAACUCAUAGCAAUAAUAAAAUAUUUCGUGUGAAUAUCAAUGAUGCCAUUAAAGGUACAAUCUGUGAAAAUAAUUAA